GCCACAGCCGAGUCUCCGCCGCUCACGCUGCCCGUGGCAGCUCCCGCGACUCCUGGAGGCUCCAGUAGCGGCGCCGUUCCCCUGCCCGCGCUUCUCCCGGAGGCACGGCGCGGGCACCUCCCGCCGCAGCGCAGUUCCCCUGCCGCUCGGGCUCCGGCCGUGGCACGGCUCAUGCCUCCGGGCGCGGAGCGCUCAGGUGGGCCGGCCGCCGCUGGGAGAUAGGCCCCCGGGGGCGGCGGCGGCUGGACCAUGGCCCGGAGACCCGGGGCGCCGGCCGCCUACGGGGAGGACUUCUCCUUCGUCAGUCCGCUGGUGAAAUACCUGCUGUUCUUCUUCAACAUGCUCUUCUGGGUGAUUUCCAUGGUGAUGGUUGCCGUGGGAGUCUACGCUCGGCUAAUGAAGCACGCAGAAGCAGCGCUGGCCUGCCUGGCCAUGGACCCUGCCAUCCUCCUGAUCGUGGUGGGCGUCCUCAUGUUCCUGCUCACCUUCUGCGGCUGCAUCGGCUCUCUCCGGGAGAACAUCUGCCUCCUGCAGACGUUCUCCCUCUGUCUCACCAUCGUGUUCCUGCUACAGCUGGCAGCCGGGGUCCUGGGCUUCGUCUUCUCAGACAAGGCGCGGGGGAAAGUGAGUGAGAUCAUCAAUAACGCCAUUGUGCACUACCGAGAUGACUUGGACCUGCAGAACCUCAUUGAUUUUGGCCAGAAGAAGUUCGGCUGCUGUGGAGGGAUUUCCUACAAGGACUGGUCCCUGAACAUGUACUUCAACUGUUCGGAAGACAACCCCAGCCGUGAGCGCUGCUCUGUGCCUUACUCCUGUUGCUUGCCUACCCCCAAUCAGGCAGUGAUCAACACCAUGUGUGGCCAAGGUAUGCAGGCCCUUGACUACCUGGAAGCUAGUAAAGUGAUCUACACCAAUGGCUGUAUUGACAGAUUGGUCAACUGGAUACACAGCAACCUCUUUGUACUUGGUGGUGUGGCACUGGGCCUGGCCAUCCCCCAGCUGGUGGGAAUCCUGCUGUCCAUGAUCCUCGUGAGUCAGAUCAAAGAUCAGAUCAAACUACAGCUCUACAACCAGCAGCACCGGGCUGACCCAUGGUACUGAGAAUCCAUCCUGCACCUCCUCGUUAGGGCAACAGGCGAGCCUCAUCAACCAACGGCAGUGGUUACAGCUCUCAGCACCAAAUGGAGAUUUGGGUUCCAGCCCCACAAGCGAAGGCCCAGUGGCAAGAAGCAAACUCCAGAUGCCAGAAGGCAGGGUACACAGGUGGCUCAAGUCUGGGAAGGAUGUCCUCCUCUCCCCAUCCUAGCUCUCAGCGUUGUUAUUUUGUAUUCUUUCUACCCUCCACCAUUUGGGUUUCUGUUCUUGUUUUGUCUGAGCAGAUAUGCUUGAGCAGCAGCUGUCGCACAGAGUUGUGGGGGCGACAGGCUUUCCACCGAAGCCCUGCAACUGACAGACCUGCUGGGGCUGCCACCUGCUGGAGCUGGCCGCACACACUCGCAUUCUGGCUGUUGCCAGUGCGCCCUGCCUGGAGUCCAACGGCUCCAUAAGGGAAGGGAGUGGAGCAGGCAAUGAGCGUGGGGGUCGGCUGGGGACAGUCGUAUGUGUUGGGGAGGAGUGGAAGGCCCUGUGUUUACUAACUGCCUGUGCUGCCAUCCUCCCAGGUAGUCAGAGUGAGCUACAUCCUGCCCCUCCCUCAUUUCCAUGGAAACGUGGCAGCAACUGCAAGGGGUACAACAAGCAGCCAAGUUCACCCCGUCUCCCCUCCUUUAAAAAAUGUCUGGAACCAUGGUCUCUAUCUUCUGCAGCCAGCAGAGGUGGGACUGAGCCAUACGUCCCCUUGAACUCCACCCCUGUAUGGCCCUCGCUCUCCAGUAAGUGGGUUUCUUUUUUUUAACCUUGGCAGUGUGCAGAGAAAGAGAGGUUACACCCCCCCUCCGCCCCCCAUUCCUCUGCACCAGAGCUCAGUAUUUCUACAGUGUAAGCGGGGAUCUUGCUGGGGCUGGGGGAGCCAGAAAUGGCAAUAAAAGUUUGUUGACCUGG